UCAGGUUGAUGGUCUUUAAUUGACUAAUCCCAGAGGGGGGAGGCGGGUUGCUUCGGCAGAUUCCCGUCGGUCCCACACAGAUCUGCUGCUGCCACACGCGCACAGGACUGACGAAGUUCUUCUGCAGGGCUCCCCCAUCGCAAGGGCCAGCUUGGAGGCAAACAUCUCAUCUCAUCUGAUCAUCAACAGCAGCCAGAGGUAGGAGACUUCAAUCAAGUCACUUGAAAAGACUCGGGCCAGGACACUUGCUGCCACCUGUGUUCCUCAGUCAUGGGAAACUCCAAGAGCGGUGCUGUGUCCAAGGAGAUCCUGGAGGAUCUGAAGCUCCACACAAAAUUCUCGGAGAUGGAGAUCACACAGUGGUACGACAACUUCAAGAGGCAGUGCCCCACCGGCCGCCUCACCAAGCAGGAGUUCGAGGCCAUCUACAGCAAGUUCUUCCCGGAUAGCGAUGGCAACACCUACGCGCAGCACGUCUUCCGAUCCUUCGACACCAACGACGAUGGUACCCUAGACUUCAAGGAGUACAUCAUCGCCCUGCACAUGACCUCCACCGGAAAGACUACCCGCAAGCUGGAGUGGGCCUUCUCGCUCUUCGACGUGGACAAGAACGGAUACAUCACCAAGUCUGAGGUCAAGGAAAUUUGCACGGCCAUUUUUAAACUGAUUCCCAAAGACGAGGUGAGCAAACUUCCCGAGGAUGAAAACACAGCCGAAAAAAGGGCAGAAAAACUUUGGAAGUUCUUUGACAAGGCAGAAAACGAGCGCGUGGCCGAGGGAGAGUUCAUCCAGGGGGUUCUGGACAACGACGAGGCCCUCCGCUUGAUCCAGUACGAGCCACCCAAGUAGCGGAACGCAGCGGCAAUUCUCACCAGCGGUAGCGUUAAUUUGCAAUCAAUGGUUACGUCGUAUUUUUUUUUAAGUGCAUGUGAACGUCAUCCGUACAGCAAUGAAUCCUCCCCUAUUUUAGAUUUGGGCCAAUGAAAAUCUCUGAUAUGAUUGUGACACCAUCAUCAUAGCAUAGAUGCGGCAUCAAGUUUUUUGUUUUAGAAGAAAGCACAACUUGAUGGUGAUGUCCGGUAGAGAAUCGAGUAACCACGGGCCCAACGAGCACACGCGUGACGACGGAAAGAAAGAGCGAGCGCGCUCGCUCUCCGCCCCUCGUCACAUGCCGUGUAGUUUUGCGUCUCAGGCCAAAUCCGUCUUUGCUCUUUUCUUGUUGUAAUAAACGUUGAUUGAAACCCC